CUAAAUUACCGGCCACAUGUCAGGACAAUGUCUGGUCUAGCAACCAAAAUUUUCACAGAGGAAUUGACCAGUACAUUAAUGCCAACUCUAACUCGACUCGACUCUGGAUUCGACGUCAGUCCUGUUUCCAUCGCAUUGGCAGUGUCCAUUGUCUUUGUAUUGCUACUAGUCAUUGUCAGUGGGAAUUCGAUUAUACUUGUGGCAUUUUAUAGGUACAAAAGAUUAAGAACGGCUUCAAAUUGUUUGCUGGUAUCAUUGGCUGUCAGUGAUUUGGGGGUUGGCGUUUUCAUGCCCUUCGGGAUGCAUUUAGAGUUGUCUGCAUCACCAGAAAGUGAAGUGUCAACAUUGUGCAUCUUGCCUUACUGUAUCGUAAUUUCGCUCUGUAGUGUGAGCGUUCUCGUCACAGUAGCGAUUGCAGUCGAUAGGCUGACAUCUCUGGCACAACCAUUACGAUACAAAAAUAUCAUCACACACAGCAGCAUUGAAAAGUACAUCGCUCUCUUCUGGAUCUAUGCUAUCGCAGUGGGACUUUCUCCUCUUAUCUACUCACAAUUCUUGACAAAGUUGGAAUCCAAGAGUGAAAGCUGUCGAUUUGGAGAGGCAAUAUCACCUCCAGUGAGAAUAUUUCUGGUGCUGGCAGUUUGGGCACCGAGUGCUCUCAUCCUUCUUGGCUGCUACAUGUACGUGUAUUUAGUUGCUCGUGCACAUGCACGAGCGAUUUACACUGUGGAGCUUUCGUUUCGGCAUCAAACGCAAACACUGACUCUCCCUCGUUAUGGACAAACCUUGGCCGUUACUGUCGGGGCAUUUUUCAUCCUUUGGCUUCCCUUUCAGACCUGUAUGCUUCUAGACAUCUUCUGCGGAACCAAUAUACUCGCAGACUGGACUAUCUGGCUAGGACUCCCAAUUCUCGCUCACAGUGGAGCGAAUCCUUGGAUCUACGCAUUUCAUCAUGGAGAGAUGCGAGUAGCAGCCGGAAAAAUAGCAGAAGAUCUCGUAGCGCUCUUUGGAGUUACACCUAGCCGUUAUGGUUGUUCCCCAGCAAGGCGGGGUUCCAACACAAAUUUGGAAUUAGGCGAAGUGAACAUCAGCGACGAACGUCGACCAGUCGAAGAUUGUUUCGCCGCGAAACAACACAGUUGUCAUCUCCAUACAAGCCGAAGAUGUCUCGAAGUGUCCGGCAAACACGCGGAAACAUUACAUGAAAAAGUGGACAUAGACUCCUCCUCAGAAAGUUGCAAACAAGGAGAUAUAGUGGAAGAAAACAUCCAUGACUUGACUAAAAUGCUGGAUCCAAAGUACAUCAUCGAUCGGAAUCACGUCAUAGACUCCAACCACAACAUCGACAAAAUUAAGAACCUAAAGUAUCUUUUAGAUCCUACAUUUAACAAAAUCCGUUACCUCCGUAGGCUUAAUCACAAACGGCACACAAACAAAAACCUACAAAAGUCAGAUGAACCCAGGUCCACGUCCUAUCAAAACCUGAAGACUAAUGAAACUCCAAGUAGAAGGAGCCUACAUCUGAACACAAUGUCGGACCCAGUCCUCAAUGCUGAAAGUCCAGUAGUGGAUACGAAGAAUAUGAUUCAUGACAUGUGUCACAAAUCUACUCACUGCCAAGGGAAAGAUGCCAAACUUUCCUCUUUCUCCGACUCUAAUAUCAAAGCCGCAACUGGAACUUCAGUCAGUCUUAGACUCUUUCCAGCCUCUAGGAUAUUCUCCGUAGACCACAGGUACUCUGAACAGAACUUGGAUCAUCACAAAUACGAACCUAGUCUCGCAAAGUGUUUGGUUCAGUGCCGUCAUUUACAGAGCCAACGGAAAUUCUCACCUUGGUCGCGUCCCAGAUCGAGACCUGUAGGAAAAAUCUUGGAUUCCCCGAGCCCAACCUCCGAUUUUAGGUUCCAGAACGAGAACUUUAGCCACAGCUCGCUGUCAACACCAGAGAGCUCUAGACCCAGCUCCAAGUGCUCUCUCAGACUGAGAGCUUCACCCAUGCACUUGACCAUUACGCCAAACAAGCUACCCAGUCUCAACGACUCGAAUUCAGAGGAUUCAGAGAUCAGGGUGGUUCCUAUGACAAGAUUAUUCCAAGCUAGGAAAAGUUCCGAAACGUUGAAACAUUAUGAGGCUACUUUUGAUGCAAGCGUUAAUUCUAGGUUACUGGAACCUUCACUGACUCAUUUAAUGAAUGUGCCCAUCAUCCUCUCUGAACCACCGAGUCCGAUAGAUCCUCGACCUCUCGCUUCGCUCGAAGAAGAAAGUCCCAAUAUUCAUAACAGUCCAAGAUCGCAUGCAAGGAAACACAAGAGCCCAUCAAGGCAUUCUGAUCCAGUUAUUCCUGCAGUCCUCUUGAGUAUCGAGGAUUGCAGUGCUAGUUCCGCUGGUAGUAAUGAGAGGCUUCAUAACGGUUGGUCCGAAGCUUCUUCCAAUACGACACCAUCUCUCGAUCCCAACGAACUCACCGAAGCUCUCUUACGGAAUUUGGAAGGUAGACGCGAAAGCAGAAUUGUAGAGACUAUUUUCCCAGAACAUGACUCCACCAGGUACAGCUCACGCAGACCUUCCGACUCCAAGUGGUCCGAGUCUUCCAGGAGUCAGGAGAUUCUUUCGAAUGUCACGGAACACCAACAAUUCCCGUCCUCCUAUUCAGUGAACAACUUCCAGAACUGCACAAGUGGUAGUGACCUUCACGAGGUCACCUCGUGUCUAGAUCCCUUUUUGUGUCCAGAUGCCCUCAGUUCCUCCCUCCACGAGUCCUUCUUCGCCAUCCCUUCUGCUCCCGAUUCAGACAUCUUUACCUCAUUCGAGGAAACGGACGAGUACUCCUACGAACCAAAUGCCCCAAUCCUGACAAACUUCCAUUCGUCUGUAAAGAGUGUGCAAAUUGAGAGGUCCAAGGUUUCUGAUGCAGAAGUGCAAAGCAGGUCUACAGAGUCGGUAUUUGAGAAUAGACAGACACUUAAUAAAUCGUGUAGGAUACUUAGGCUAGAGCCUUCAGUGCAUCGGAGAGGUAGGGUGAGACCAUGUAAGGAGUACAUUUUGGAGGAUCAUUCGACCAAAAAGUCUUCCAGACUGGCUCCUUUAGCCACCCCUACGCCUACAGACAUUUGUACGCCUACAGUUGAUAUAGUUUCGGAUAUCAAAGGCGAAAGUGGCGUGGGAGUUAGGGUGUAAAUUAUUUAUGUUCAGGCAGAUGAAACCUGCAAGUGUAAAAUAUAUAGGAUAUAUUUGAAGAGAUUUUAACUGAUUCGAAGGAUACAAAUAUGAAGGUUCUAACUCGGAAGUUUCCAGAAACUAGUGAUCGUUUUGAGAUGGUUCCCAAUAUAGUUUAUAUGGGAUUUAUGUGCUUCCAAGGAUUGAUAUUGACAAAAGAGAACCACUGUAUUCUUUCUUCCGAGUUAAAAUCUUGUAUUCAUCAAGUGUCAAAACAAUUCAUUAAUUAAUAUAGAUACGUUUUAUGUAGAUUGUAAAGUAU